ACAAAUCUUGGAUUUUUCUUUCAAACACAAACAAGGAAAAUAAGAAAACAACAAGAUCAAGAAAAUUAUCGAUUUGUAAAAAAUGGCUCUAGCUCGUCUAGCUUUGAGAAACCUUCAACAAAAACUGUCUCCUAGUCUUAUUGGUCAAUCUUGUGAAAAAGGUUUGGUCGGGAAUCGACACAAUCCUAUGAAGCUAAACAGAUACAUGGCUACUUCGACCGGUGAACAACAAGAGGAUAAGAAGAACACAGAAGUGAGUGUGUCCGAGAAGAAAUCUCCUCAACGCAAUUCUCACCGGAGACGUGGCAGGAAAAGUCUCUGGCGUAACACCGACGAUCAUGGCUACUUUGCACCUGCCCUAAAUGAGUUUUUUACUCCAAGUCUAGGAAACGCACUGAUGCAAGCAACAGAGAACAUAAACAGAAUUUUCGACAGCUUCAACAUUAGACCAUCUCAACUAAUGGGUCAAGUGAAAGAACAAGACGACUGUUACAAACUUAGAUACGAGGUACCAGGGCUAACCAAAGAUGACGUGAAGAUCACGGUGGAUGAUGGAGUCUUGGUGAUUAAAGGAGAACACAAGACGGAAGAAGAAAAAGGUUCACCUGAAGAAGACGAGUACUGGUCUUCAAAGAGUUAUGGUUACUACAACACGAGCUUGUCGUUGCCUGACGAUGCUAAGGUUGAAGAGAUCAAAGCAGAGCUCAAGAAUGGAGUGCUCAAUGUUGUGAUUCCUAGGACGGAGAAGCCAAAGAAGGAUGUUCAGGAGAUUUCUGUUGGGUAAGAGAUACGGUGUUGUUUCGAGGGUCUUUGGUUUAAUAAGCCAAUAAUGUUUGUACUCGUUGUGUGUUUUGUUAUGCUAAUGGAAUAAAUUGCUAUUUACAGUAAUUGAUGUUACAAUGUAAUAAGACCAAAUGAAUAAGCAAAGAAUGGAGUAAAUUUUACUA